AUGGGAACAUCCAAACCUUCUCGCGCGACAAAGCGCGUCCCUUCACCACCACCUUUACCCCCCAAAACAUUCAUCAUCGACAAUGGCGCCUAUACCAUGAAAGCUGGGUAUGCGCCCGACCAGCUGAGCACUGAACCUCCUCUAAAUUCUUGUCUGGUAAUUCCAAAUGCUGUGGCUAGAACGCGCGACAAGCGGGUCUACAUCGGUGCUCAGCUCUCAACGCACAUCUCGGACUGGAACGAGGUUGCAUUUCGCCGGCCUGUUGAGAAAGGCUAUGUGGUGAGUUGGGAAGCAGAGAAGGAAAUCUGGGACCAUGCUUUUUUUGACGAGGGGACAGCGCGGAAACCGGAGGUGCGAUGCGCGGAUCCGGAAAAUACGACAUUGAUUUAUACGGAGGCUCCAAAUGCAAUGGCCGCAUUGCAGAAGAAUGCGGAUGAGAUCAUCAUGGAGGAGUGGGGUUUUGGGGGGUAUUUUAGAUGCGUUGGACCAACACUUAAUGCUUGGAAUGAAGUUCAUGCUCUUUUCGGCGAUCCGAUGGGUUCGGACCCAAACUCCACCAUCUCCCCUAUCGAGUGCCUUCUUGUUAUUGAUUCCGGAUAUUCACACACGACUGUUACACCUGUCUACAAAGGACGGCCACUUCAGCGAGGCAUCAGGCGACUGGAGAUUGGCGGGAAAUAUCUUACGAAUUUUCUCAAGGAACUUGUGUCGGUUCGACAGUACAACAUGCUCGAUGAAACACACAUAAUAAAUGAAGUCAAAGAAGCUGCCUGUUUUGUUAGUGACGAUUUCUCCGCAGACAUGGAGCGAAUCUGGAGAGAGAAUCGAAAGCGAAAGCCUGAUGAUGAUGGUGCGGCAGAAGGGAUCGUCGUGGACUACGUUCUUCCGGACCCAAACGCCCACAAAAAGGGUUUUAUACGCCCGCACGAGAGCCUUACAGCGGCACAGAGAAAGAAGGAACUUCUCUCCGGCACCAUUCCGGGUACAAUGGCGGAAGAUGUCUUGGUGCUUGGAAACGAACGGUUCACUGUCCCCGAAAUAUUAUUCAAUCCAGGAGACAUCGGGAUGAAACAGCUUGGCCUUCCUGAGAUGGUAAUGCAAUCAUUGUCCGUGUUACCAACCGGCUUACAUCCUGCAUUCUUGGCAAAUAUCAUGGUGGUCGGGGGCAAUUCAUUAAUUCCGGGCUUUAUGGAGCGGCUAGGAACUGAGAUCCGGAGACUUGCCUCAGCCGAGUGUGUUGUGCGCGUCAAACGGCCAGAUGAUCCUAUACGUUCCACGUGGCUGGGAGGUUCAAGGUUUGCAAACAACAAGGAGACGCUGAAAGGGGUUGCGAUUACCCGCCAACAGUAUCAUGAAUAUGGCUCUGCCUGGGUGGGGAGGAGGUUUAGUAAGGCUUAA